AAAUAAUAAAAAAAAUAAAGGAAAUGUGAUUCGAGGAAGAGAAGAGAACCGCGUCAAGCGGCAUCUUAAAAUCAAUCAAGCAAUCGUGUUCUUAAUACGUCUGCAAUUGUUUAUCUAUCACCAUUCGAUAAAAACAUAAAAACACUGAACCGAGAGAAUAAAACAACAACAACAAAAACAGAGAGUUAUGUUGUGUUCCAGAUCUAACAGAGUGUUCUUACUUAUUUGUAUUCUUUCUUCACUUCUUCUUGUCGCCACAGGAGUAUCGAUUGCUGAAGAAGAUGAAUGGGGUACGACAAGUGUAAAGGGAAGGUUUAUGGCAGAGGAAAGUGGAGAAAACUCAUCUUUGAUUUUGGCUGCAAAGAGAACCAAAAGAAAAGAUCCCACUGAGCAUUUCAAGCUUUACACUGGUGGUUGGAACAUAAGCAGUUCCCAUUAUAUUUUUUCUGUUGCUUAUACGGCGCUGCCUUUUGCAGUUAUAGCAGGAGUCUGGUUUGUGUUCUUUGGGCUAUCCUUGUCUCUCAUUUGCUUUUGCUACUGCUGCUGUGCCCGUCAACCUUACGGCUAUUCCCGGAUUGCUUAUGCUCUCUCUCUUAUCCUCCUCAUAUCCUUCACAAUCGCAGCAAUUGUGGGAUGUGUUUUCCUUUACACGGGCCAAGGCAAGUUUCACGCCAGCACGACGGAUACUUUGGACUAUGUGGUGAGACAAGCUAAUUUCACGUCGGAAAACCUCAGGAACGUGUCAGAUUAUCUCAACGCAGCGGAGAAGGUGGAUGUGCAGUCCUUGGUUCUUCCUGGGGAUGUUUUAACGAAAAUCAACGAUAUACAGCGAAAGAUCAACUCCUCUGCAACUACUCUCUCUGUCAAAACAAUGGAGAACCAAGACAAGAUUCAAAGUGUCUUGAACAACAUGAGACUUGCUCUCAUCCUCAUCGCUGCUGUGAUGCUUUUCCUUGCAUUUAUCGGAUUUUUACUCUCUAUCUUUGGACUGCAGUGCCUUGUGUAUACGUUGGUGAUCCUUGGUUGGAUUCUCGUCACCGGUACUUUCAUCUUGUGUGGUGUAUUUUUGAUUCUACACAACGUUGUGGGGGAUACAUGCGUUGCGAUGGACCAAUGGGUCCAACACCCAACAGCUCACACGGCUCUAGACGAUAUUCUACCAUGCGUUGAUAAUGCAACCGCAAGAGAGACAUUGACUCAGUCGAAGCUUGUGACAUACCAGUUGGUUAACCUUCUUGACUCUGCCAUCAACACAAUGACCAACAGGAACUUCCCACCUCAAGCCCGUCCCUUUUAUUACAACCAGUCUGGUCCCUUAAUGCCCCUGCUCUGUAAUCCCUUCAAUGCUGAUCUCUCUGACCACCAGUGCCAGCCCGGUGAGGUCCAUCUUAGCAAUGCUACAGAGGUAUGGAAGAAUUACACAUGUCAAAUUAUAACAGUGGGAACAUGUAGCACGCAGGGACGCAUGACACCAAAGCUUUACACCCAGAUGGCUGCAGCAGUUAACGUAAGCUAUGGUCUGUACAAGUACGGUCCAUUCUUGGCAGAUCUGCGAGGGUGUAACUUCGUGAGGUCCACAUUCACUGAUAUAGAGAGGGAUCAUUGCCCCGGACUGAAGAGAUACACGCAGUGGAUCUAUGUCGGUCUUAUGUUGGUCUCUACUGCUGUAAUGCUGUCUUUGGUUUUUUGGGUUAUAUACUCUCGAGAGAGGAGGCACCGGGUUUACACAAAAGACUAUAAUGCUACGCAUUCUGAAGCUCCACGGGACAAGGGUCCGGAGUGAGAUGUUAUCAUCUUCUUUUGCCGGUUUUACAGUGUAUAUUAUGUGUGUGAGAAGUUGGUGUUCUUUCUGUAUAGUGGAUGAUGGGAGGAAUCUUUGAUGUUGUGAUUGUUGUCAUUAAUGUUCUUUAUAUGUUGUUAACUACUUCGAUAUUAGAGCUGGUGUUGCUUUGUUGAACUACAAUCCUAUCUUUUAUUUUACUCAAUGGCUUUCCUGAA